AUGUCUUCGCCAAUCAACCAGAUGAACACCUCCUCCCUUGUGGCUCCUACCAACUACUCUCCCAUUGACGCCGUCAACCGACAUGACUUUGGAGUUCAGAAGAAUAGGAAGCCUGCUUCUACAGGAGGAGGAAGAGCAUGGAGUGAGGAUGAGGAAGUUUAUCUUCUUCAGACUCGCCUCCAAAAGAUGCCUUACAAGCAUAUCGCCGCUCACUUGAAAAAGACCGAGCUGGCUUGUCGCCUUCAUUACCAUCAGCUGUCCCAUGGAAGCAACCGCCGUAAGCGGACCAACUCUGUCGCUUCCUCCAAUGGUGGAUCUGCAAUUCAUUCUCCAGUGAUACAGACUUCUAUGCCAUCUCCAAUUAGCGAAUCUGCAAACUUGCACGCUACCUCUCCAACCUACACCUACUCACCCGCAUCUCCAAUCCACGUUCAACUUCCAUCUGCCUCGUCUCUUCUGCCUCGCUCGGUUGUGGAUAACGCUUCCCGAAACAUCAUCCACCCCGUCGCCAUCUUGCCAAAGCCAAUGGUUCGUCGCACUCUCUCCGACCCGAACACCAACGCUCCUCUCCGUCUUGAUUGCGGUAUGGCUACCAACCCAAUGAACGUAGCCAACGUUGACAAGGACCGCCUUCGUCAAAUCUACGAAGCCCACCGCACGUCCUUCUGGGGCGUCAUUGCCGCUGAAUAUGGACCAGGUGUGUCUCCUAUGGUCCUCGAGGAGGCAUGGAAGGCCACGGUCGUUUCCAACUCCCCGCCAACACCAUGUAUCUCACCCGAUACUGCCCAAACCGGUAGCAGCUAUCAAAGCUACAACAGCAAGCAGAUGAUGCACCAAUUGCCAACUCCAGUUCAAGAAAACAAGAGCAGUGCUACCAGCAUCUCUGCCUUGUUAGGUAUUGACGCCAGCCCACGCAGCCCAAAAGAACGUGAAAUGAUCAAACGCAUGGAAGCCAACAGAGAUGUCGUCAUGGCCUAG